AUGGCGUACCAGAUUGAAUAUGCCACGGAGGCAGAUGGCCCAGCCCUCGCUCGGAUCAACGUCGAGAGCUUCCAAGGCAGAGGGUUGCUCAAUAAUGUUUUCCCAAAAGCUAAUGAAGCGGCGCUACGGACAUAUAAAGCGAUCAACGCCAUGAAGCACCUGGCCAAUCCGUCAAUGCAUGUUCUCAAAAUUACCGAUCCUACUAGCGGAGAAGUCGUUUCCUAUGCUCGGUGGUUGAUUCCAGCGUCGGUGGAAUCUCCCAGCCGACCAGCUCUGAGUGAACAGGCACAAAUUUUCGCUCAAGACCCAAUCCGCUUUGCACCGCAGCCCAUGAAUGAGGCUCUUUUUACCGAGUUCCGCAAGCUCUUGGAGACAUCUCGCGAGAAACAUGCCACGGAUGACGAUAUGAUGCUGGAUCUGCUGGCCACGUUACCGGGCUAUCAAGGCCGUGGAAUCGGGUCUAGCAUGCUCAAAUGGGGCACUUUGAAAGCAGAUGCCGCGGGUCGUCGUCUGUACCUUGAGGCUACUGGGGAGGGAAUGCCGCUGUAUCUGAAGGCAGGGUUCAAACCAGUUGACGAGAUUGUCCUGGACCGGUCACAAUUUGGGGGCAUGGGCCAGGAAUCUUUCACAAUAAUGAUUAGAGACCCUGUUGCCCAGUAA